AGAGACAAGCGCGCGCACAGACGCACACACACACACACACACACACACACAGAAGGAGAAGAAGCGACAUACAGAGACAUGACAAUGGGAGCACUGAAGAGCCUUUGAGGAUGAUGCUUAAGCGUGAUGCCUUCCUGAACCCGCGCGCGCGUAAUUCACUGUGUGCGUGUGUGUGUGCGCGCAUGUGUGUGUGUGUGUGUGUGUCACCCUGACCGUGUGUGUGUGUGUGUGUGUGUCACCCUGACCGUGUGUGUGGGUUGAGUUAGCCUUAUAGAAAGUCUUGUCACCACUGUGUAUGGUCUCAGACAGCAGCGGCUGCACACCAGCUCAGGAGGGGGAGGUGAGCACCAACCAUGAACUUGCAUACCCCUGAGCAAACCCCUGACUUCAGUUGCACCCCCGCCUGCAUUGGUGAUCAUCAUUCUGAACUUUUCACCUUCCAGUGCCUACUGCAACAUCUUGAAAGUUCAUAGCCAUGAGCUUGACAAGGACCUUCAACUAAAGUAGUCCUCCGAUUAACCUGAAAACAGAAGAGACAAUGCCAGAACCUGAUCUUCUCCCUCCUGUCCCUCCUCUUGCCAUCCUAAACUGCUCCUCCUUUAACUGUUCUCUUGCCAACCUCUCAGCAUUUCAUGGUGAUGAGUGCUAUGCCGAUCAGCCCUUAUUUGUGGCCCUUGCCGUGGCCUACAGUGCUGUAGCAUUUCUGGGAGUGACUGGUAAUUUAGCAUUGAUUGUUUUGAUUUGGCGCCAACGCGAACUCUCCAACGCUACUAGUGUGCUUAUUGCCAACCUGUCAGCAUCGGACUUGCUGAUGGCACUUGUUUGCCUGCCAUUUACAUUUGUCUAUACAUUUAUGGACCACUGGGCAUUUGGCAGUGCCAUGUGCAAGAUCAACAGCCUAGCACAGUGCACCUCAGUCUCGGUCUCCAUUUUCUCUCUUGUUCUGAUUGCCGUUGAGCGCCACCAGCUGAUUGUGCGUCCACGAGGCUGGAGACCCAGUGCAUUCCAGGCCUGCCUGGGUGUUGCUAUUAGCUGGGGUUUGGCCUUGCUCACCGCCAUGCCUUUUCUACUGUUCUCCGUAACCACUGAUGCACCUCUGCAGCAGCUGCCCGCCAUCUUGCGUGAACACUACAGAGGCAAGGUGGUGUGUAUGGAGCAGUGGCCCUCACGUCAGUUCAAGCUUACCUACACAACCACCAUGUUGCUUCUGCAAUAUGUUGCACCCUUAGUCUUCAUCUUCAUUUGCUACCUGAAGAUCUACGUCCGACUAAGGCAGCGGAAGAGUGUGAUGGAGCGAAUGCGUGAGAACAAGUACCGCAGCCACGAAACAAAGCGAAUCAACGUCAUGCUGUUUUCCAUCGUGGUGGCCUUUGCUAUCUGCUGGCUGCCGCUCAACGUCUUCAAUGCCGUCUCCGACUGGAACCACGAAGCGACCAUGAACUGCACCCACAAUCCCCUCUUCUUGCUGUGCCACCUGACUGCCAUGUGCUCCAUUUGCAUCAACCCGAUCUUCUAUGGCUUCCUGAACCGCAACUUCCAGCGUGACAUGCAGUCCUUCCGCUUCUGCAAGAGGCUUUCUACAAGAGAGGAAGAAUACGACACCGUUGCCAUGUCCACCGUCCAAAGCGACCUGUCGAAGACAUCUCUGAAAUUUAGCAGCACAGAUAUCUAGGAGAAGCUUUUAAGGUGCUGAUCUUUGGGUACUACGGAGCCUUCGUUGUUCUGAGAAAAGAGCAUAAAGCUAAAUGGUGAACGCGAUUGUGUCCGAAGAUGAUCGAAGCAAGAUUUUCAAAAAGGCAGUGCUUGCUGAAAAUACUGUGCAACAAGGAGAUCAUGAAAGAGCAAAGAAGUUUCACUGAGACAGCUUAGAACCUUUAGUAUGGAGUUUUAACUUUUCAGUAAAUUCCAUCUCUGAGAACAAAUGGAAAGAUAAAGGACUCCCCUAGGAGACUGACUUUAUGGUUUUGGACCGCCCUCAAAAAAGAAAUGUUGGUCUGAUUGUCAGUUCUCUAGAGAUGCUCUAAAUAUAGGAGUGGAUUUGAAAUGCAAGAAAUGCAUGUAAAUAAAUUAACUCAUGAAUGUUACUGCUUUAUAUUUAUUGGUUUUUAUAACCAAUUUAGAAUAACAAGUGUUAGGUUUAGAAAGACAGAUGAUUGUAAAAAAAAAAUCUAUAAAAAAACCAACAGCUGUGCUUAAUUUUUGUCUAUUGUGACCAGCUAUGAAUGUAAAUUGUACUUGCUUAGAAGUAUUGACAAUGUUAUUUAGAGCACUGUGGUCAGAGUAACGUGAUAUUCUAAAAAUAUAUGUUAGUAUAAUCAUGAUAGACGUUUAUUAUACACUUACUGGUGUCAAAUACUGGGAGGAUCCUACUUUGCUCUCAGAGCGUCUUAGGUUUCUUGUGGCAAGGAAUCUACAACAUGUUGUAAAAUUCCUUUUGGUCAAUGGCUAUAUGAAGACACAUUUAUAAACUAGCUCUACUUGAUAAGAUCUAAUGACUGGGUCAUUGUACAUGGAACCAGUUUAGGAUGAUAUUGAUGCUUUAGCAUGCUGCAAGGAACUAUCAUAAGAUGUUAAAUUGGGUCAUUGUACAUGGAACCAGUUUAGGAUGAUAUUGAUGCUUUAGCAUGCUGCAAGGAACUAUCAUAAGAUGUUAAAUUGGGGCUAUAAAAAAGAUGUACGUUGUCAGGAACAGUAUUCAGACUAACUGUGGCAUUUGAACAGUAGACAAUUUGUAUCCAGGGGCCUGGAAGACUAAUAUUCUAAUAUUAAUACCUCCACCAGCCCACAAUGUCAAUACUAGGCUAGUCAAAGACUUGUAAACGUUGUUGUUGAAGAAAUGUAAACUUACUACUUGCAUCAUAAAUUCUAGCAGCCAGGCAUCUUUAAACCUACAAAACCCUGUUCUUGUCUGACAGAAGAAAAACCCUCUGUUGUAGCUUAUCAAGCUCUAGAUUCUUUUCUGCUUACCAUGGUUGUAAAGCUUGAUCAUUUCAGUUCUCAUUGCCUUUUUAGCAGUUUGAACCAAUCUGGACUUUUAUCUUUCGAAAUUGUCCAGUUAAUGUCCAGCUGCUGCAUAGAAAAUGUUUUUCUGUCUAAAUGGAAAAUGUUGUUCAUGAAAAUAAGCAGUUUUUAAAAUAAACCAUUCCAAUCUGGCACCCGCAACCAUGCGACGAUCAAAUGUAAACCUUAUCCUGAUGAACAUUAUUUGAAGCCCCUGACUUCCAUCUGUAUGAUUUCAUGCAUCACACUGCUGCCACAUGAUUGUCUGAUUGGAUAACCGUGUGAAUAAGUAGGUGACCAGGUGUCCCUAAUACAGCAGCCAGUGAGGCAUUCAUACUUCAGGCCAUAUUUAGGUAAAUUGUUUAGAGGUGUAGAAAUAAAGUGAAUUUAGCACUUGCAUUAGGAGGAGAUUUGAAUGCUAUUUAUUUAAAACUAGUUUUAAACAAUAAAUCUGUAUAUUGCAGGCUUAUGGUGUAUAAAUAGAAGUAUUUAUGCAUAGAAUGAUUGUCGAUAUUGUGAAUUUCAGUGUGUGGAAUUAUGUCCUUCUGUUUUAUCUGGGUUUUUUUUUUUUAAGUUAUUAUUCAUAAAAACCAGUUCCUUGGAUAAAAAAUUAUCAUAAGUGAUGAAUUAGAGAUAGCCUUAACCUUGCCGUAAGAGCUGUGUGACACUGUUUUUCCAAAGUGCCACAACACAGACAAUCGCAUUAUACAGAUUUUGUGUGUGUGUGUGUGUGUGCUGUGUGUGUGUGUGUGUGUGUGUGUGUGUUUUAGUCUGACAGCAUUAUUAAAUUUGACAUUAAAUGCUAUAUCUUACAUGUGCAUGCAAUCAUGCAAGACUAAUCUGAAGUAGGGCGGCAUUAUUUUUAGGCACAGAACAGAUCAAAUCUUUGGCUUACGACUUGAUUUGAUUAAAACAUUUCCUAAUUAGCUGCAGUUUGCCUAAUUAUGUCUACACACAAGAUUGUCAGAUAUCAGAAUAUCAGAAAAAAACUCUCUGUCAAAGUUUCUAAAUGACGUGUACAAAUGUGGUACUAUUAUCUCUCCAGGACUGGCAAUGCUCUUGAGUAAACGGAAGUUGAAUUGAAACUGAUCACGUGUCCAGAUUUAUUUUAUUUUUGCAGUCCAAUUUGGUACUCUAGUGUUAGUUUAACCUGUGGAUUAUUUAAUGAUUUUCUAUUGGAUAUCUAGAAUAUUGUGAUUACAUAUGUCUCUAUAUGACAUACGUUACUGAUAUCUCUUAUUCUGUCACAGGUGGAGUUUAAUAAAGAAUUUCUUGUUACACUGCA